GCAGGGAGCCACCGCCAGGCCCGGCCGGCCGGGGCCUAGGGUCCCGCGGCUGCCAUGAAGCUGACGCGGAAGAUGGUCCUGUCCCGGGCCAAGGCCUCGGAGCUGCACAACGUGCGGAAGCUCAACUGCUGGGGCAGCCGUCUCACGGACAUCUCCAUUUGCCGGGAGAUGCCCAGCCUGGAGGUGAUCACGCUCAGCGUCAACAGCGUGUCCAGCCUGGAGCCCGUGAGCCGCUGCCGGCGCCUGAGCGAGCUGUACCUGCGCAGGAACCUCGUGCCCAGCCUGGGCGAGAUCUUCCACCUGAAGGAGCUGCCCCACCUCAGGGUGCUGUGGCUGGCCGAGAACCCCUGCUGCGGCCCCGACCCUCACCUGUACCGCAUGACCGUGCUGCGCAACCUGCCCGGCCUGCAGAGGCUGGACAACCAAGCCGUGACGGAGGAGGAACUGUCACGCGCGCUGAUGGAGGGCCAUGAGAUCACCGCGGCCCCGCCCUGCACACUGAGCCCCGGCUGCACCGACUCUGAGGCCGACACAGACACCAGCCGCGACCCGCUGGGCUACAGCGAGGAGGGGGCCAACCUCCAGGCUCAGCUCGUGCCGAAGCUCCCAUUCUCGCAGAGGGACCCCCCCGGCAGUCACAAGAGCAGGAACGUCCUGACCGCCAUCCUGCUGCUGCUGCGGGAGCUGGACGCCGAGGGGCUGGAGGCCGUGCGGCAGACCGCAGGCAGCCGGCUGCAGGCGCUGCGCGGGCGGGAGCCCCAGCAGGACGUGGAGUGAGGGCGGCGGCCCCGCAUGCAAACUGCGUAAUUAAGUAUUUUUCCAAGUCUGACCGGGAGGCAGACGUGGCUGGGGGUUCCCGAGCACCUGGCCCCUCCGCCCCGGUCGCCAGGUGAGGCUGUGCCGAUGGACACUGCCCAUCUCCUCGCUCCUUCUCCUCCUAAGAGCCCCGCAGCCGCGUGGGGUUCCUGCCACCCCAUGGCGGGGGCUGUGGCUGGACCAGCCUUAGCCCCUUCUGAGAGCUGCGUCUGAGACAGGCUCCCGGGAGGCCGUGCUGUCCCCAGGGAGGGAGGCGCUGCCUGUGGCCCUGCCCCCGCCCCUGCCCCGGCCACCUGCGUGGGGCUGGGACCCAGCUUCUGAAGUGCCCGCAGCUGGCUCACUCCUGGUCACGUGACAGCCAUGCAGGCCAUGACCCCGUGCCACAGGCACUGUCCUGAGGGCCUGAGAAGGCAGAGGUGCAGAUGUAGAUGGAGGCAGGGGCAGGGGGGUGGCCACCUGGGCCUGUGUCCACACCUGCCCAGCUCACUGGAUGCCCUCAAUAAAGCACCAUCAGGACG